GAACAGCGAAUCAAAGAAUUGUAUGCGAAACAAGGUUAUAUGGAGCAGUAUAAAACUCCGGAAGAGCGUGAUAAGGUUCUGGAAAAAGAAAUUCGAUUCUAUGAACAUCAGGUUCUGGACAUCCGUGAACAAAUUGCUGGCAUCGAGGCAAGCCUCGUGGAGGAAGAAAAAGAGGAGGAACAGCUUCACCAAAGAAUUAUGGACAUUGGAUUAAACGCUGAAGAGUUUGUUGAUAAACUAACAAAAAUGAAUCAGGAUAUGACCGAUUUACGACGUAAAUUGAACGAAGCAAUGGUUGUGGAAAGUGAUGCACUGAGAGAGGAGAAAAAUGCUCGAGCGAAUAUGGAUGCCGUGAAGGUGGACGUGCAACAUGCGGAGCAAGACAUUCGACGACUCGUUCCUAAGUCUAUCAUGAACGGAGUGGAUAGCGUGCGCCAUGUGCUGGAUUAUUUUCGCUCUCAAAAUACUAAUGGACAACAUAAUGCUGUUUUGGAGGGCUAUCGUGGUACCGGUUAUUUACUUUAA